GAGCACUGGAGGGGAAGAUUGCAGCUCCUGGCAGACAUGAAGCCAUACAUCUGCUUUGUCUUUGUCUUCUGCUUCCUAAUCAGACUUUUAACAGGAGAAAUCAAUGGCUUGGCCAAUCACAGGAUGUUUUCAUUUCAAAAUGGAGGUGUGCAGAUUUUUUGUGAAUUCCCUGAAAUUGUCAAACAGUUAAAAAUGCGGCUGUUCAAAGAUAAAAAACUCCUCUGUGACGUCAGCAAGACCAAGGGAAGUGGAAAUGUGGCGUCCUUCAAUAGUCAGAUGUUCUGUUCAUAUCAGAUGUCCAACAACAGUGUCUCUUUUUUCCUAAACAACCCAGACAGCAGCUAUUACUUCUGCAGCCUGUCAAUUUUUGAUCCACCUCCUUUUCAAGAAAAGAACCUUAGUGGAGGAUAUUUGCGUGUUUAUGAAUCUCAGCUCUGCUGCCAGCUGAAGCUCUGGCUACCCGUAGGGUGUGCAGCUUUUGCUGUGGUCCUCCUUCUUGGAUGCAUACUUAUCAUCUGGUUUGCAAAAAAGAAGUACGGAUCCAGCGUACAUGACCCUAAUAGCGAAUACAUGUUCAUGGCGGCAGUCAACACAGCCAAAAAAUCUAGACAUGCAGGUGUGACCUCAUAAGCUGGAACACAGGAACCCAUGGAGGAACCACACGGACUAGUUCUCCUGGAACUUGAACCUAGAAUUUCUUCUAUUUUCUAGACCACAGGGCAACUGACUUGUUUUAACUACAGACAUCUCCUGCUGGGGUUUUAUUUGUCUGGAUCAGUGACUAUCAGUCACUCAGAAUUUCAUCAGACUGACCUGGGUUUGAUAAGUCCUUUUAAGGCAAACCUCUUCUUACGGAAGACCCAGCUCAUAUGUGCUCAACAAACAGACCUCACUGGGAUACUCCUCUUCUCUCCACGCCUGCUUCUAGCUAUGCACCGGCCAGGAAAACAAACAUAUUUCCAGCAUUUUUACAAAACUGCCAAGGGUAUGAAUCUGUCAAGCACACAGGCAGCCAAUGGCCACCAUCUGUCUUCAUUUUUCAGAUUCCAUUUUCUUUCCAUAGAGAUCAGCAUUCCUUCUAGAAUCAGACAGUAGAGGGAGAUGCUCCACAACGGAAGCUCUUGUGUUUCUGAGAUGUUGAUGUAUAUACUUCAUUGAACUCAUGCAUUGGUACCAACAUGUUCUCUUCCAACUUCUAGACUCCAGCUGAUCAGUGCUUCAGGGCUUAGAUGCCUGCUCUUGCCUUUAAACUUAAAGAUACUUCUGCGUGUCUACUUGGCAGCCUGCAGUCAUCCAGAAUAGAAAUUUUAGCCUACAUUUUUUCCCCUCUACUGCUCAAAAAAAAAAGUAGCUAUGAUUCUCCCAUAUUCUCCCUGCCAAAGUAAUUUUUUUUUUCAGCAAAGACAUCUAAAUUCAGUUAAUAUGGUUUACUGUGUUGAUAUUAGUGGUAGUAAACAUUUCUCAGAAUCAAAAGCAAAUUAAUUUUGCUGUGGUGUUUCUACCAUUAUCUGUGUUUCCAUGGUGCUAUUAAUCACAAGCUUAGCUAUUUUUGUAGAUCAUAUUAAAGUUGCAAGCAAGCAAAGCAACCCUCGGUUAAUGGGCAAACAUUCUCCUGGGGUAGAAUGAAUUAUCUAUUUAGCCUGAAAGCUGCGGUUUCUGGGGGUAGCUGCCAGACUAUAGCCAUGCUUUGCUCUGGGUUUGACAGGUUGAAAUACUCCCCAUGAGCCUGGAGCAGCUUUCCAGACUAUGCUGGAGUCCCAAAGUUGGGAGGUGCCCUUGAGCCUGGGACAAGGUGCUGCUUCAGAUCUCUAAGAUCUGGGAAGUGCAGAGGGGCCAAGUCAGAGUUCCCUCUCCUAGAAACCGUGCAGCCUGGAAGUCAGCCCUGGCACUUUAAGGUAGCAUUCUUUAGAACUUAAACAGCAUAUGAUUGCUCCGAGCUGGACCAUUUUCUCUACUUUCCUGACUCUGCAUGCCUAAGACUUCUGGAACAGCCCAUGUGUGUGCAACAUAAAAAAAAAAAAAAAAAUAGCCCAAACUUUAAGUAAAAUAGGGUUGCAUCAUAGUUUUAAGUUAUAGUUGCUUAUUUACAGUUUACUUUAAAAGUGAGCUGUGUAUCAAUAUAUAGUUAUUACAUUAAGCAUGAGUAAUGCUGGCUAUGUACAGUACAGUACUGAAUUUGUAAUUUGAAUCAGGUAUGGUGUUCUCUCUUCAGAUGACUCAGGCAGCCAGGCUGGCUUUGUGAGGGCAUCCCCCAAGUUGGAUGGACCUUUCUGUGUGAGGGUGAGGGUGCUUUACCAUGUUCUGGGAAGGAUUCCCAUCCCAACACUGAACACCUAACAGUGAAUUCUUUAAGAACAAAAUUUCUGUGAAAUAAAAUCUGGCUUAAAGAGGAGCCACUUGCUAAAAGAUGUUAGCAAUAAUAGGAAGUAAAAGCUAAGCAUGCGUGUGCAGCAGUGGGCUGUAACCUUGCUGUGUUUUCUGGGGGUGAAGAAAUUAUGACCUUAUCUACUCCAUGAAAAUUAGCCCUUGUGUGCUGCAUAAGAUAGUCGCCCCCUUUGUCCCACUUUUCCCUUUCUAAACUUGAAAUAUCCAGAAGCUUAUAAAAGAGUCAGAAGCACAGGAAAAUGCAUGCUCUGCGGCCUGAGUUAGUUUCUGCAUUGACCUCCUGGCUCCACAGAAUGGUGCCUAUUUCCUAUGGAAAUGAAGGCUGUACUCUUUGAUGACUUGACAGUCACCAGUAUCAGAAAAUUAACAUUGAUAUAUCACUACUCUCUCGUCUUUGGUCUGCAUUCAAGAUCGUCCCCUCGCUUCUAGGAUGUAUGUUGGAGCCGAAGGUUCUGCUGGGGAUGUCCCUUUGUGUUCCGUUGUCCUGUCUCUGAGUAUUCUUCCAUCUGGACAGUUCUCUUCAGUCUGUAGCCUGGGUUCUUUUGCAGAUCACAAGCCAUUAUUUUGUAGAAUGUUUCUUUGGGGGGGGGGCACUCUGAUGUUUCUUCGUGAAUGAAAUGAGGUUAUUCAUCUUUAGCAGAAAUAACACAGAAGUGAUGUUGCGCCCCGUAGGGCAGCUCACAUUUUGGUUUGUCAAAUUACUGCCAAUGUUCAUUUUCAUCUCUCGACUAAGCUCCUGUCAAGCUUCUCCAUUAUAAAUUGAUUCUGCCCCCCAACAAACAAUAAAUAUGCUUUGUGAGA